AUGUCCUAUAUUCCUCGAUCGAGCUCAAGAGUGAAGACAGUGAAUCAUCUGGCCGCCGAGCUGGAAUCCAAGUUAGCCAUCACCGAUCCGCAAGUGAAAGGGAAGGCGAGGGCGAAAGCUCCUUCGAACGAAGAACGGCUUUCGAGAGUGAUGCGUUCCGUGAACGCGAUUUCCAAGAACCUUACCACCGCAAUAGAGAACAAUCGAUCCCCCACCACUCGUCUCGACGAGUGGGCAGCCUCUGCUAGAAGUGCGUUAGCAGAACUGAGGACACUUCGACCUAAAGAGAUUGACGUAGAACGUGCUGCUUCGAGCAUUGUUAGAAAGCUGAUUGCGCUUGAAAUGGAUGGUCCCGCUGCACAAUGUCUACAGGACAUGCAUCAACCGCUCACUCGGUUGUACAACCACGCAAAUCCAACAGUCCCCGAAGUGAAACUCACUCGGUUUGUGGUGCUUCCGCUUCCAAGUGAAGCCAUCCAACUGUCAGAUAUUGUACUCGAUCUCGUUGCAACUUUUUUCUUGCACCAAGCCAUUUUAUGCUGUAGAAGCCACACAAACCUUACGAGAUUUGUUGCCGCUCUCGAGGACUCCUCUGUCCCAAGCCUCCUCGAUUGGACCCCUUAUCUCGCGCAACUGCCUCCAAAACAGCACGAUUCUUUGUUCACUCGCAUCUAUACAGCAAUAGCAACAAUAUCUAGCCCCUCCGACCUCAACGCGGAUCAGAUUCUCACGCUGAGAACCUUUGGUCUACUCUCGCUUCUGUGUGCUCGUCCCGGAGUGACUGCUCCUGACGCAUUCUGGGAUCAAGCAUCAAAAUGGAUAAGGGUAACUGUGCAGCUGGGUAAUGUCACAGUGAAGAUGGUAUUGCAAACGUGCGAUAAACUGACGACAGCUGCACGCAACCGCGAGGAUGGAGAUGCCUUCACGCGGGGUAGAGGUUUCGCAAAAUUUUGCGACUAUUGGGCUGUCUGGGCGAAAGAGGCCGGAGAUCUGAAUGCCCUUGACAAUAUCUCGUCGUUUACGAAAUGCACAGGCUCGAGCUCAACAUGCACAGCGCCUCCUGGUAACUCUGAGCGUGGGGACGUGGCGGUUUUUGAAGUCACGAUGGUGUCAACUGGGCUUGCCCAAGCAGAGAUACUUUUUAACCAAUGGCAACACUGCAGCGAUGGCGAUCGAACGACGAGGCUGCAUGCCGCGAGGGUGGCAGUGAAAUCAUGUGCUUCCGUUCUUCACCUCCGGUCUUUAAACGAAGCGGGGCAGUCUCCUGCUCGUGGGGACGUCGAUCGAAGCCGGGACCUAGAUAAGGUCAAACGCGCAUUGGAGCGUUUACGCCGGUCAUUGGUGACGAUUUUGGAGUGCAAGUCGCGAGAUAAUGACACCCAUCCAGAAGAUGCGAGACAAGCGGCCAGAUCACUAUUAGAAGACAUCGCAGAUAUACUCAUUGAAAUCGCUGCUGCGGAUGGCGCUGAGGCGGAUAUAGACGUUCUCAGUUCUGUUACAGAUUCUUUAUUAGUCCUUGCGCGGACGGCACUCGUCGUCCGUGAACCAACAUCAUACGACGUGACAUGGAACACACUGCAGCGGGCAAAAUCCGUACUACAGCAUUAUUUAGAGGCUCGCUGUGCCAUCUCACGCUCGGAGGCACCCUUGGAUACGCCUGAACAAUCACAAACCAGUGUCGGUAGUGACCUGCCAUUAGCCAAUCUCCUGCGCUGUAUCUCCGGGGCCUUUCACAAUUCUGCGGGGACUCUGUACCAAGCAGAUCGAAUAUCUCAUGCAGUGCGGUUCCUCACGGAGGGAUGUGAGCUUGGGGCGCAAGUCUGGAAGAUGUAUCAGUCAUCCUUGUCGCGAGAAUUGAGUCCAAAGGAUCGAUACACUGACGGGUGGAAACAGCUUCAAGAACAGUUCUGGCGUAGGUGGGAGAUACUGGCGGUGUGUCAUGCGAAACUGGGCAAUCGUAGGUUAGCGUAUGAUGGAUUUGUGGAGUGUCUGAAGACUUCUCCGAUCAUGCAGACAUCUGUUGCACAGGAAUUUGCUACGUCGUCCGUUACCCGGGCAUUCGCCCAGUCGCCAUUGCUGAAGCAAUUCGGUGGAAUUAUCGACAGAGUAACUCACACAGGUGCCUGUGAUCUUCUCCUUGAGCCUUUCAUGAUCUCUGCAAAGCGAUGGUUCGACCCAUUUCUUGCCGCAGAGGGUCCAAUAUCCGAUGUCCAGGAUUGGAGAGCGGUGCUUGGAGCCAUUUUAGAAUACCAGGUCGCCGUUCUCUCGCGCAGUAGGUGGAAGCAAGGUGUAUAUCAGGUCCUGAAACACAUUGUGGUCGACGCGCUCGACGUGUAUGUGGCACAACAGUAUCCAAUACGGAGGGCUAGAGUAUUAUUGGCAGCCUUGGAAUUGGAGUACUAUGCCUCAGGAGACAGUCAUCGGCCCGAGGGGCAGGUUAUGCAUGCGACGUUAGAGGAGAUAAAUUAUGAAGUGAAAAGCCUUCUCACCUGUAAGAAUAAUGGCUUCGAUGCGAGUCUGACCCAAUUUCGCAAUCAAUAUCUAGCCAAAUUAUCCCUGUGGCUAGUCCUCCAUCUGCAUCGUCGCGCAAAGGAAGGCGAGUAUAAUACCUCUGCCAUCGUCACAAGGGCGGAAGAGGCACGCCGAGUCCUAGAACUUAUGGUCGCCGAUGUCCCACGAAGCUCCCUGAGUAAAGCCUCCGGCAAAGUAGUGUCACCAAAAGUCACUCGCGCAUCAAGCAAGAGAAGAGCCGCGAAAAGAACAGUCACGGUUGCUCCAACGAAGUUGCGAAGUGGUCUCCCGCGAGCAGAAGGUGCGAAACUUAGAGCCACAGCCCCUCCAGUAACCCCGAAAAAACGACCAGUUGACACAAUCUCUUCGAAUAUUGGUAUUCCUUUGCGCUCCCCUGUGGCAUCCCAGAGUGUGGCUGCUGCAUUUGAUGAUCUUUCUGACUUCUUCAGCCUUCUUCGCAUGACUAUCCAGCUUCUGGGACUACUCGGCCAUACGAUGCCGAAAUUGCGCAUGCUAAUCAUCGCGAAAAAGCUGACCGCGCGAUAUGUCGGCCCCGAUUCUAUUGAGCACGUUAUGAGCUCGGUGGAUCUUGCCCACUAUUAUUUCACCCUUGGAAAGGCAGACAAGGCCGUUACGAUUUACAGUCAUUUACUCAGCGUUGUGCGAAAUGGUGUAUUUUUGUCGGAGGUACGCGCGCUAUACUUUUUGCGAUACACUGAGGCACUCGCCUCUUUGGGCCGUAUUCCGGAAAGGUUUGUCGUCGUGGCUAGUUACACAUCCUCAAGGCACUAA